AUGGUCGACCUGAGGAACCCUCCAGCAUGGAUGUUUCAUGCCUGGUGGUUGAGAUCGCGUGGACCUAAGAACGAAAGUCGUCGCUCUCAUCCAACCAUUGGAAUAACCCCCCAAGGUGCCAUUACCGCCUUGCAUGCCUCAAUAUCGGUGGUGGCUCUGAGGAGAGACUCAGUCCAAAUCCAUCCGGUCUUCCUCGGCGGCAUCAACGUCGGCUCCGGCAACAAGCCACCGUGGACACUCCCCGCCAAAGCCAAGUACGGCGAAUACGACUCGAAACGCGCACAAAAAUACUUUGGCACGGAACCCCUGGUCCCCGCAGACUUCUUCCCGAUCCUGUCCGUGGUGCCACAGCGCGCGAUGCUGGUGGUCAAGGACCGCCAUCCGCGCGAGGUCUUCGAGCAGUGUUUCCUCGACACCUGGCGGUACAGCUUCAUCACGCACGUCAACAUCGAGAAGCCUGACGGCUUGGCGAAGCUACUAGAGGCACAUUUCGAUGAGACGGAGGUCAAGGAGAUCAUGCGGCUGAUGGCCACCAAGGAAUAUAAGGAUAAGUUGACAGGGAAUACCAAGGAUGCCUUGGAACAGGGUGCCUUUGGGGCGCCGUGGUUCAAGAUGACGAAUGCAAACGGUGUGCAGGAGCCGUUGUUUGGUAGUGAUCGGUGGCCUUACAUGUGGGAUUUCUUAGGAGUAGAGUAUGAGGACAUCAAGAUUGUGGAUAAGACGAAGGCGAAGAAGGAAGCGAAGUUGUAG